AUGACCAAAGGAUGUUAUACUUGCCGUCGGCGUCGAAUUGUCUGCGACAAUGGGCAUCCUACCUGUCGCAAGUGCCGCAAUGCCGGCAAGGAAUGCUUGGGCUACCAGAAGCCCUUGGUCUGGGUCAAGGGGGGAGUGGCCAGUCGUGGAAAGAUGAUGGGCUUGAGCUUUGACGAUGUAGUUGAUCAAGGCUCGUCGUCUAGUUCCGAGAAUAGCAGUCCCGUCGCCAUGGCUCCAAAUACUCCUGAGAUGCGUCCUCGACCAACAUGGCCAUCCAAUCAUGGAGAUGGCAUUGGAGCCUGGGCAGGCCAUCAACUCCUUUUAUCGAAUCUGUCUGGAAACCAGCAACACUAUUCACCUCGUAUCGACGACGCUACAUUGGUGCGGCUGCACAAUGCCUAUACAGAGUCGCCAAUGUAUUCGCUCGUCGACCCGCUCUUUCAAGAUCUAAGUAGGAUGGAAAGAUUCUACAUAAACAUCUUCAGUGGACACUGCGUCAAGUGGUUUGCUCUAUACGAUGCCGUGAAGAACCCCUACAGGGAACUCUUCCCAUAUAUCAGCAACUCACCACUAUUAGCAAAUUCGCUAGCCGCCAUUGGGGCAAUAGAAUUCGCAUACAUGUCAAAUGAUGACGGCCAGUCUGUCGGUGGUUCAGCGAAACCAGACAUGGCUCUCGUGAAGCCCCUCAAUUCUCAAGCGUAUGAGCACUUUUUGCGGUUUAAGCAGCGUGCUUUGCGUCAAUUAUCCACAGAAGUAUCACGUCAUCCCCUAACACGGAUUGAUGAUCGGACACUUGCAGCGAUCUUUGUUUUGAUCUUGCUCAAUAUGAUCGAAUCUGGAGACACGGCAUGGAUGUAUCAUCUUGAAGGCGCCAAAAACAUACUCAGAGGCCGGCUUUCAGAUGUAAACAGUCUGCCUCUCACGAGCGGUAUAGAAUCGUUUGUCGUCGAUUCCUGUCUCAUAACGGAGAUCAUGGGCUCAACUCUGGCAAGACCGGGAGUAUUAUCGAGACCCUUUUAUUCGCCAGGCAUGGGCACCGCUGUGCUCAAGCGCCUAGAAAGAACACUUUGGGUUGGUUGCCCGGCCUAUCUUUUGGACGCAAUUUUCUUUGUCCACGCACAGCGUUAUUCGGAGCCAGGCGAGACAGCCGAGUACUCGUUAUCCUUUCUCUCCCCAUCUGGAGAAGCGACACGGCCCGAGUCCCCGCUCGCAAUCCUGCGCCACAUUGAUACCUUUGACCCCUAUGCAUGGGCUGAGGACAUGCAGUCAUAUCUGGCAUUACCAGAUCUAUCCCAGCGCAUUGCUCUUGCGCGCGCCUACAAGGCUGCUGUCUAUCUUUAUGCCAGACGAGUUGUAUCGAAAAUGACUCCCACUACUACUACCUUUUCGUCGGAUCGUAUUACGACGUCGACUGGGACAACAGGUCCUCUUCGUGACCGCCGGAUCGUGGAGAACGAGCUACUUCAAAACCUAUCUUUUAUCUCGCCCGAUGACGAACAUUUCAAAUGUCUCAUCUGGCCCACCUUCAUCGCUGGCGCUGAAAGUACUAGCAUCGAGCAGCGUAUGACCACGUUACGACUGCUUGGGUCUUUAUGGAAUGGAUUCUACAGCUUCAACCUACAAAGCGCCGCCUCCGUGCUAAAAGUUAUGUGGGACAAGCAGGAUGAGCGGCAGCGCAACAGGCAAGCAGGCGGCACUUUUCUGCUUUCGGAUAUUGAUGAGAGUAUAGACGUUGAGGAAGGAUUUGAUUGGAUUCGGGAACUUGAUCAGUCGAGUACCGACUGGCUUUUUAUAUAA